UUUUCUGCCGUUGAUUUUGAAAUUCGGUUUCCUAUCAUACACUUUUCCCCUCUUUCAUUUAUCGUCGAACGUUUUACCUCCCUCCUCCCACAUUUGUUUGUUCAAAAUGUAUGACUCAUUCCCCCCAUUGAUUUAAAUCCUUUUCACAUUACUGCGCAAAAAACUAAACAUUUAUAUUUUUAAACAGAUAAUUUUAAAAAAUAUUAAAAAUGUCUGCCCCGCCACCUUACAAUCCUCAAUACAAUUGUUAUCCACCACAGCCACAACCUAAUUAUGGUCAGCCACAGCCAGGAUAUGCUUAUGGAGGUCAAUAUCCAGGAUAUCCACAACAGCAGCCACAAGUUGUUGUGGUGGAAAGGAACCGGCCAUCUCGUGACAACAAUUGCUGUCUUUGGGCAUUGUUGGCUCUUUGCUGUGGUUGUUGCAUAGCUGACUGUUGCGAUUAA